CAGCGGGGCUCCCAGCCUCUCACAGGAUGGAAAUUCCUGGUGUCCGCAGGGAGGGCGCGCGUGUGAAAGGCGCAUUGAUGCAGCCGGAGGCAGCCGCGGCAACAGAGAGCGUUGGGGCCAGACACUGACCAAUUCAGCUGCCUCCCACCCCCUCUUCCUAACGGGCCAGAGCUCAGCCGAGUCUUUCAGCGGCUCACUCGGCGUGACCAUGCGCUCCUGCGACCCGGCUGCUGCCUCCGCUUCUGUCCGGCUGCACCUCUGCCUCCUGCAGCUCCUUCUGCUGCUGCUGUGGCCCGCGCCUUUGGGCGGCAUGGAGAACCCCAAAGGAAAGCAGAAAUCGCAGCUCCGCCCCAGGGAGGUAGUGGACCUGUAUAAUGGAAUGUGCAUUCAAGGACCUGCUGGGGUGCCUGGCAGAGAUGGAAAUCCUGGAGCCAAUGGCAUCCCAGGUACUCCUGGAAUCCCAGGUCGAGAUGGAUUCAAAGGUGAAAAGGGUGAAUGUCUGAGAGAAACUUUUGAGGAGACCUGGUCACCUAACUAUAAACAGUGUUCAUGGAGUGCACUUAACUAUGGAAUAGAUCUUGGGAAAAUUGCAGAAUGCACCUUCACAAAGAUGCGCUCUAAUAGUGCCCUCCGGGUGCUUUUUAGUGGAUCCCUUCGACUAAAAUGCAAAAGUGCCUGCUGUCAGCGGUGGUAUUUUACAUUCAAUGGGGCUGAAUGCUCUGGACCACUUCCCAUUGAGGCCAUAAUUUAUUUGGAUCAAGGAAGCCCAGAGAUGAAUUCAACUAUUAACAUUCAUCGAACUUCUUCAGUGGAAGGUCUAUGUGAAGGAAUCAGUGCUGGUUUAGUGGACGUUGCUGUCUGGGUUGGCACCUGUGCAGAUUACCCCAAAGGAGAUGCCUCAACUGGAUGGAAUUCAGUGUCCCGAAUCAUCAUUGAAGAACUCCCAAAAUGAAUCCUGCGGGUCCUCAUUCCCUACCUCCUUUUGAAUACAAUUUAAACAGUCUAUUUUAUGAAACAUUUUGUACUUUGAAAAAAUAAGUUAAACUUUUUUUUUUUUUAAA